AUGGAUUCCGCGAGAACUACCGUGUUGUCCAAGUCGUCGGACAAUUUCUCGUUCGACAUUUUGGCCCAUCGAUUCGAUCAUCAUCAAGCCACAGGCCGGCAUCAUCAAACGAUCGAGAGGAUCACAACCGAGAAUAUUCUUCUAUAUAGUCUUAUCGCCGUCUAUCAGAAAAAUCAGUCAAAGUCAGCCAAUAUCUUAAAGCAGGCAGAGAGAGAACUCGCGAAAAUGGAAAAAGCAAUCCAGCAUUACGGUGACGAAAAAGUAGCUGCCGAGCAGGAUUGGUUGGCAUUUUGGGGAAUCGAGAAAGUCCCCGUUACACCUAACGGCUGGAUCUAA